GUCCACGAUUAGGCUUACGUUGCUUUAAUAUUUAUUUUUAUUUUUAAGAGGUGGAAAUGUGUAGCCUAAAAGGCACUUUGCUGACGGUUGCCGUGUGUCUGGUGUUUGCCAAAAUGGGGGAGUCCUCCAAGGAGGUGUUGCAUAAAAUGUCGACCCACUUCAAAGAAGCUUUAGACGAUUGUAAAAAAGAGCUGAAUUCGCCAGAGUCCGUUCAGAAAGACUUCGACUUUUUCUGGCAAGAUGACUACGUCGUGACGAACCGAGAGACAGGCUGUGCCGUCAUGUGCCUCUCCCACAAGCUGGAAAUAGUCGAUCCUGACUUGAAUUUACAGCAUGGGAACGCCAAGGAUUUCGCCUUAAAACACGGAGCUGAUGAGGCACUAGCCCAAGAGCUGGUAAAGAUCAUUCACACGUGCGGCGAAGGCGCCUACGACCCCGACAGCUGCACGAUGGUUCUCAACUGGGUCAACUGCUUCAAGGCCGAGAUUCACAAGAAGGGGAUGGCUCCACCAGUGGACGUUAUCAUGGGCGAACUUGUAGCAGAAGUAUAAGACUCUGGUCAGAUGUGGUAACGGUCUGGAUUAUUUUACUUACGCCGAUGAGAAAGAUGUUAAUUCAGUUUAUUUGAAGGAGUAUAUUUACAAAUUCUUUUUUUUAUUAUUUAAGUAAGUAUGACAAUGAUGAGCCCUAGAAAGGAUGUUGCCGCAGAUGACGCUUUCGACACAUUUUUCAUUAGAUAUAUAAAUUGGAAUAUUUCUUUUAAUAUAUUUUAUUUUAUACUUAGAUAUAUAUGCUUGAAGGAGACAAUUGUAGGUUUAUUAUUUAAGAAAAGGUAAAGGAGAAGUGGUGAAGGUUUAAUAUUAGGUUAUAAAUAUAUGUAUUCAUGGAUGUUUUUCUGCAAUUAUACGAAGUGUUAUC